CGACAACUGCGAAGGGGGAGAAGCACCAUGGUAGAGCUGUUGCACACCAGCGGCAAAAAGACUACGUGUACACAACCGCGCCCUCUGUCGAUUACUGUUUGCCGUCGUACGUUUUGCUACGACGUGUCAAGCUCAGAAACCGCGCUACGUAACGACAAAGCAUGAACCGAAUCGUUGUCUUUCUGUUCGCGAUGAUUUCCUCUCGUCGGCUUGUGGCCGCGCUGGCGCCUACCGCCGGCGGCAACCGGGUGUUUUCUCGAACGUCCUUUGCUCUCCAAGCUUCGAAACCCAGCGGUGGAGGCCGCGUAUCCGGUGCCGUGCAAGACCAAAAUCUACUAGACAAAACUACCAAACAGGAUUCUCCUCAACAGAAGGGGCGGCCCCAGCUCGACACCAACCCUCCCAAGGGAACCCGCGACUUUUAUCCCCAAGAUAUGCGUCUUCGGACAUGGUUGUUCGACCAUUGGCGGGCCGUCGCUAAAUCCUUUGGAUUUAGCGAAUACGACGCUCCCGUUCUGGAAUCGGAAGCCCUGUACGUGCGCAAAGCUGGUGAGGAAGUCACCACACAGUUGUACAAUUUUGUGGACAAGGGUGAUCGCGCCGUAGCGCUGCGGCCGGAAAUGACACCAUCCCUUGCGCGUAUGGUCAUGGCCCAAAAAGGUGGACUUCCCAUGCCACUCAAGUGGUACAGCAUCCCACAGUGCUGGAGGUAUGAGCGCAUGACAAGGGGACGUCGACGAGAGCACUUUCAAUGGAAUAUGGAUGUUUGGGGUGUAGCUGGUCCAGAAGCGGAAGCAGAGCUGAUGGCAGCUAUGGUGACGUUCUUUGAAAAUGUGGGACUGACUGCCGAAGAUGUAGGUAUCAAAGUCAAUUCGCGAUUGGUGAUUGGUGAAGUUUUGGACUCGUUGGGAAUUCCGGAAGAGAAGUUUGCGGUAACAUGUGUGUUGGUAGACAAGCUAGAAAAAGUCCCGAUAGAAGCUAUUCAGGGAGAUUUGGAGGAACUGGGCUUGGAUCGAUCUGUUGUAGAAAAACUGUUGGAUGUUUUGACGAAUAAAUCAUUGGAUGCUCUAAAAGGAACACUCGGAGAAGAUUCGCAAGCUGUCAAGGAGCUUUCCCAGUUCAUGACAUUGUGCGAAGCCUACAACAUUCAAAAUUGGAUUUUAUUUGAUGCUUCCGUUGUGCGUGGAUUGGCCUACUACACCGGUAUUGUUUUUGAAGCCUUUGAUCGAAGGGGUGAGCUCCGGGCUAUUGCUGGCGGCGGACGGUACGAUAAGCUACUGGAAACCUUCGGUGGUGUCCAAACUCCCGCCGCUGGAUUCGGAUUUGGCGAUGCUGUAAUUGUGGAGCUGCUCAAGGAACGUGACGUGUUGCCUUCCUUCGAAAGCACCGGAGUCGAUACUGUGGUGUUUGCAAUGAAUCAAGAUCUGUACGCCCCGGCCGUCGGUGUAGCGUCGGUUUUGCGUAAGGCAGGCCAGAGCGUGGAUGUUGUCUUAGAGGGAAAGAAACUCAAGUGGGUUUUCAAACAUGCUGACCGUAUUGGUGCCAAAUACUGCGUCGUCGUUGGAGCAGAUGAAUACCUGAACGGCGAGGUGGCGAUCAAGGAUCUUUCCGGGGGUGCUCAAAAAUCAGUCAAGAUUGAUGAUCUUUCUAAUUGGGUCUCGGAUGAGCAAUAA